GCGGAAGUAUUUUCAUGCAACGUGUGCAUAAUAUAAGUGAGGAAUCCAUUCUGCUAGCCGAAAGAGUUGUUGAAUUCGAAAUAUCUUCUGUCUUUUUUUAUUAAUUUCAAAGGACUCAUGCUACCUGUACACAAGAACGAUGAGCUAUACAAGCCUAGAUUCAAAUUAUGGGCGAAACUUCAAGCGUGGUGGACGAUCAUCUACUCAGAUGUGACAUCCCGGAAUCUCUUUUUCUUCUUAGUUCUGAAUCUCUCGUUUGCAUUUGUAGAGCUGACUUAUGGCAUUUGGUCAAACAGCCUUGGCCUCAUCUCCGACUCCUUCCAUAUGUUCUUUGACUGCACUGCCUUACUCGCCGGUCUGGUUGCUUCUAUCAUCUCAAAGUGGAGAGCCAAUGAUAAAUAUUCUUAUGGAUAUGUUCGAAUGGAAAUUUUAGCUGGAUUUGUGAACGCUCUAUUCCUUCUAUUCAUUGCAUUCUUCAUUUUCUCUGAAGCAGUUGAGAGAGCUGUGGAGCCGCCUGAAGUCCGUCAUGAGAGGUUAUUUAUCGUCUCAGUCCUCGGGCUCAUCGUGAAUUUAGUUGGUAUUUUCGCCUUCGGUCAUGGGCAUUCGCACGGUGGAGGAGGUCAUGGUCACAGUCACGACACCCCAGCCAACGGAGGUCAUGGUCACUCACACGUAGAGAGCUUGAGCCAUUCUUUGGCCAAAGAUAGUCAUGGUCAUUCGCAUGGUGGACAUGGGCAUAGUCAUGGUUUAGGAUACAAGGAUGAAGAUUCAGAACACCAGCACACACCACAAGGAAGCUCAAAACAAAUCCUGAAAGGUGUAUUUCUUCACAUUUUGGCGGAUACGUUAGGUAGUGUUGGUGUGAUUAUAUCAGCCCUUCUCAUAGAGUACUUUGGCUGGAUGUGGGUUGAUCCAGUAUGUUCCAUGUUUAUAGCUGUACUUAUUAUGAUCAGUGUCUUGCCAUUGCUGGUUGAUACAGUCAGUAUUCUAAUGAUGAGGACUCCAAGUGAAAUAGAGCUAGAGCUACCAAGCUGCUAUCAGAAGGUAGCAAACCUCGAGGGUGUGUACAGUAUUCAAGAUAAACAUUUUUGGACUCUCUGCACCGACAUCUAUGUUGGUACGAUGAAGCUCGAGGUUGGACCCAAUGCAGACAUCAAAUACAUCAUUACUCAGACUCAUAACAUUUUUUCACAGGCCGGUGUUAGGCAGCUUUAUGUGCAGACUGAUUACAGCAGCGUAUGAUGAUACCUCCGACCAAUCUUCUUUUAAUGCUUGCCCAUAACAACGUGAUGAGUGAUACCUCUGUAAACAAUGUCAUAUAGUGGACUCGGCUCUUCAGGUACACAUAUACUGUGACCGGAAGACAGAUGGGUAGAUUGAUGAUUGGUCUGCACUUGCUUCAUCUAUUUUCCUUUUUGUCUCGGCCCAUAUCGUCUGGUCCUACUUCGUCUACAACCAGUUAAUCUACUUUACAUUUGGUCUCAUUGCCAUGUAGCCCAUUUACCAUUUUGUCUAAUUUCCAGAUAAGUUUUAAUAAUAAUAUGUAACAUUUAUAUAGUGCUUAAUACAAAUGUUUCUAAGCGCUGCAUACCAUAACCCUGACUUCAGCACGGCUAUCCUGAUCGGGCACUCAAUGAAUUCCUUCUUAUCGGCUACCCAUUUACUACACCUGGGUGGAGAGUGGCAAAUGUAGAUAAUCGCCUUGCCAAAGGAUGCGAGUGCUGCGGUGGGAUUUGAACCACAAACCUUGUGGUUCAAGGUGCGGAGGCUUAUCCACUGAGCCGCAACACCUCUACAAGCUUUCCCCCUCUUCAUCUGUUGUCCACUUGGUCUAACGCCACUUAGUCCACAUGGUUUGGUGAAAUGUUUUGGAACCAAAUUUUCAUUUGACUAAACAAAUAUAAAGUAAACUAAGUGGAAAUUAGACCAACUGGGCAUUACACUUAUGGGAAUUAGACUAAGUGAGUAUUAGAACGAGUGUAGUGUAGACCAGACAGCAAUUAGACCAAAUGGGUUUAGCCCGAGUGGUAUUAGACUAUCUGAGGAGUAGACCAACUGCUUAUAGACCAAGUUUAUAAACGACAGAUGCUUCCUCAAAUGUUGGACUGUUUGUAUUUAUUUUGACAAGUCAUCUUUACCAAAGUUAAAUCUAAUGUGACCACAGAAAUUGCAUCAGUUUCAGAUAAAUUCAAAAUUCAUGUUGUUUGUGCCUGUGAAUUUUAUAGGUGUCCUCAACUCGACAUAUUAAAGCUGAAUUGAUGGAAUAACAGAAUUAGCCUCAGUUCAGGGGAAAAACUGUGAGUUUGAAAACAACAGAAUGUAAAGAUUAUAUUUAAAUCAAUAUAAGUCUGUGAUCUGAUAUUUGACUUCAGUGAAAGUGAUGGGGGCCGAGUUGAUUAAACUCAUAACUUUAUACUUAAAUAUUAGGAAGAAUUUUGUUGAAUUCAGAAAUAAUGUUCCUAUGUGUCAAGAUAUUUCUAAACUUAUUAUUUUGGUAGCCAUGUGGUAUGAUUACAAGGUAAUGGGUUCAAGUACCUCCAGUGUCAUUCCUUUCCACCAGUAAAAAAAUUAUCUACAUCUUACUGCACCGGACUCAUAGUUGAUCGGUAUCUGGAAGAUAUUUGGAAUUCCUUGAUAUGCUUGUGUACCAAGAUGGUGAUAGAAAGUUUUAGAUUUGCAAGUGGACAUAUAAUGAACUGCUAUAUAGUGAUAUCAUCUCAAGGUGCUGAGGUCACUGGUUUCUCCCUCGUCCACUAUCAAAAUCAAGAAUGCGAAACAAUGAUUCUCGUGUUACAGUAUCUGGGCACUCACUAGCAUCUAUAUAUAUCGAGGUUUUUUACCUGACUGCUAAGAAAGCACGAAUGCCUGUGAGCAAGCAACCAGGGGACCAACGGCUUAAGGUCCUCUCC